AUGCUGGAACGGCUGUUGCAAGAGCUGGACCUGCACAGCGUUAUCCACGACGCCCUCAGUGUUAUCCUGUUGAUCAACUGUGCCAUAUUCAUCACGAGUUGCGCCAGACACAUCUACCUCGCUCACAGGGUGCCCAAAUACAUGCAACGUGUAGGCAUCUACAGGACCAGCAACCUCGCCGACCAGUACGACGCCAAAUAUGAUGGGGACGAGGAAACACUCCCAAAGAGUCCGAUUGUGAUCAAAGCACUCUACAUCCACCCCAUCAAGUCCUGCGCACCAAUCGAGCUGGAGCGGGCACAGCUCACCAAAGCAGGGUUUGCAUACGACAGGUGUUUUGCGCUGGCGGUUGAAGCAAAGACGGAUGAAUGGCAGUUCAUCAGCCAACGGACCAAACCUCAAAUGGCGCGGAUCAAGGAAGAGUUGUGGUUGCCCGGGCCAGGGAGCAAACGAGGCAAUGUGCUCGUCGAAGCAGGUGGCUGUCUCGUCGUGAGCUUCCCUGAUCCGGAUCCUGCGUAUCCUCUCCAGCGCUUGAGGACCGCCUUUGAGACCUGGACACUGUCUGCAAAGCCCGAGGUGCGCUUCACGGUGCCGCUUCUCCCUUCACCUGGUCAUAUCAACCAGAUGAAGAUCCAGAUGAGGCACUUCACGAUCCACAGCCGCCAAGCUACGGGUCUUGAUCUCGGCCAGCUUCCUGGAGUGGCGGCUGCGAUCCCCAAGCUGAAGCGGUUCCUCAACAUACCCGCACGUCAGAACCUGACUCUCAUAAGGUGCACACCCGAUACCCUGGUACGCACGACGCGAAACCUCGCUCCCCUGGAUCACAUCGGCACCCCUGCGAUGCACGGCUACACCGACCAACAGCCCGUCCACAUCAUUAACUUGUCGUCCGUCCACUCAGUGUCCCAGCUGCUUCCGACCGAGAACCAGCCUCUCAGCGCCCUCCGCUUCCGAGCCAACAUCUAUCUGACCGGCCCUCCCGCGUUUUCCGAAGAAACGUGGAAGAGGUACCGGAUCUUACCGUCCAAGGCUGCAACAAUACCGACACGCGUGGCAAGCACCUUGUCCGUGGUGUGCCGGACGUCACGCUGCACGAUGCCCAACGUCAACCCGGACCUGGGGGUCUUUGAACACGACAAUUCACGGCCGGAUCGGAAGAAAGGAGUCCCGCAACCCAGCACGACCUUGAUCGAGCACCGUACGGUCGAAGACGGCAACCCUGCCGCUUUGGGGUACAUGGGCAUGCACUGUGUACCUGAGGAUGCAAGCCUCAAAGAGGCACGUGAUCGCAACGGUGAGCCCUAUGUCGAGGUGGGCGACGAGAUCGAGGUCCUGGAGACGGGGUCGCAUCUCUAUGGGUCGACAGGGAAUGACUAUUAA